AUGCCUCCUAGAAACAAUAAUGAUAAACCACACCGUCUUUAUACGUUUAAAGACUGUACAGAUCAAACAAUAGAAAAGGCACUAAAAUCUUAUAGGCUUGCUGAUUUGAAAAGGGCAAGACAACAACUUGCCCACAAUUUACCAAUGAACGUGCAAGCAUUGCAACAACAACAACAAGCAGAACGGUCCAAUAUUUGCAUCACGAAUACCAAUAAUAUUCGUAAUGACGAUGGAGUACAACAUCGAAGAAUUGAAGAUAUCACCCCUCUCUUCGACACUCAACCAAGCAAUCCUAUUUCAUCGGUUGUUGAUUUUGGUGAUCAACUAAUUGGUAAUCCAAUACCUGAGCAAGUAAAUAUUGAUUUACUUAGUGAUGAUAGCACAACAGAAGGUGAUGAUGAUUAUUACACAUUAUUGUUAGAUGAAGAAGAAUUGUUGUCGUCUCCACAAGAUGAUGAUGAUUAUAUUUACUAUUAUAAUGAUCAACAACAAGAUGAUGAUAAUGAUGAAGAUUUGAAGAACAAUCUCGCAACCAUUGAUAAUGCCAAACAAUUUUCCAAGAGUAAGCUUCAGGAAUUAAUAUUCCCUCAAUUAGAACUCAUCUUGAGAGUGUUGGAAAUCGACCCAUCCGAUAUCGGAAUGAUGGGACUGCUUGGAUUUCAUGGAAGAAAUGUGUUCUUGCCAUCGAGUUGGGAUUUCUUCUGUCUGAGUGAUCAAACGAAGGCAAAGUUGCAAAUAGUAAACGAACACAUUCGUGUUUAA